UCCAUACUUACCUAGGUUCCAAGCUUCCAGCGUUGCCGCUUCGAAAGGACCACGUUUGCCGCUUCAUUAGCAGCCUAUCUGAUAGCAUUUGAUCUGGUUAUAGGAUAUUGCCUCCGAAGGGAUUAUAUCGAGCGCGAAGUCUCUGGUCAUGUAGUUGCAACGUGAUCUGCACAAGAUCAACGUUAUGUGGCGAUUGCUCUACAGUCAUGGCAUGUCAUGUGGGUGCCAGCCCGGGGACGGUCCCGUAUAGCAUACAAGACUCUCCUUCGUCGACGAAUCGACAUACGUCAUAGACCAUAGACUAGUAUAAGUACAGGGUACAUGCAACCCAUUCUUUCUCCAAUCUUCAAUCUCUCUACAAGUUUUCACAAUCACGAUGAGCAGCCUGUCCACAUCCACUCUCGAUAGCAAAGUUCUAGGAAGCAUCCGCCAGUCCAUCACCGGAUUUCUUCAGCGUUGUGGUUUGCAAUAUAAGAAUGGCCCGCUUGACGAGACGUGGUACUCCGAAUGCUGCCAGGAGGCCACCAAACGAGGCUAUCCGAUGGACGCCAUCCUCCCAUACAUGGCCAUUGGCGCGGCCGUAAUGUCCAACGCUUACGACCACCUCCCGGACAAUGCAACCAAGAUGUGGAUCUGCCUCUUCACCGCCAUAGGCGCCUGCAUCGACGACAUGAUGAUCAGGCCAGAAUAUAUAGUGCAUGUGUACCAUUUCAACGAGCGCUUCGCGAAUUGCCAGCCGCAGGGGCAUCUAGUUAUGAGUGCGUAUGACGGGCUCUUGCGGGAGGUCGCUUGUUAUUAUUCUGCACCGGUGUCAAAUUUUAUCGUGACGUCCGCGCUCGACUUUGUGUCUUCCAUUUUACUUGACAAUGAGACCAAAGAUAUGACGAUCUCGCCGCGGACUCCCUCAUACCCCGAGUAUUCUAGGAUGCUAUCAGGCAUACCGUAUGCGUACGCAUACUGUGUUUUUCCUUGCACACUCCCGCUUCGUGAAUACGUUCAAUGCAUGCCGGAUCUAGCCAUAGUCUUAAACCACGCAAAUGAUAUAUUGUCACACUACAAAGAGGAGAUCCAAGGCGACACCGCAAACUACCUGUCGCUCAUGGCAGCCUCUCGUGGUCUGACCAAGCAGGACGCUCUCCAGGAACUCAUCGAGAAAACUGUGCAAGCACAUCAAAAUAUCCUCGAAUUUCUGAGACCAUGUCCUGAGGCACAUGACGCCUAUGUCGCAUUUUUCGAUGGGUUUAUCAAAGCCCAUACUACCGUAAAAAGGUACAAGCUGGAAGAGGUCAUGUCGGAAAGGUCAUCUUCUUAAUGGAUACCGUUCUUACGGUCCUUCUCAACAUUUUCUGUAUGUUGAUCACCUAUUCAAGUAGAGCGCUAGCUAUCACGUUUACAAUAUCUGCCAGGCGCCAUUAGAUUUCCUGCCCCUUAAGCUCUUGCUCCCUCCAGUUCCGAGUGGUUUGAUGAGAAUGUGUGCAUUUUUCCCAACGUACUUAUUACCUCUGGG